AACCUCGUGGUUUUUAAAACUUUCCCUCCGUGGAGUGGAAUAGCGGCUAGGUCGUGAUUCCUCGUCUCCCGUCCGGAAGAAGGACGGUAGAAAUAGCCAAGGGGUUUAGUUGUAUAAGCAAUCUUGGAUUAGGGAUCUUGGUUGGUCUUAGUAGUGUGGGCGGUGGAGUAGUCGUGGAAACAGGCUAGCAAGCGUGUGGAAGGAAGCGUGCAGCUUCGAAAAAAGAGGCGCUCUUCUUUCUCCUCCUUUCUUGUGUGCUCCUCUUCUCGAUUUAAGGCGCGUCGACCAGCGCCGGAGGGCUAGAGCGAGUUCUUGGCUGGGAUCUUUGUGUCGUUUGGUGGAUUCUUGACGAUCUUGGGAGGAAUCGCGGCUUUUCUUGGCGAUCUUGAGAGGAAUCGCGGCUUCUUGGCGAUCUUGAUCGCUGCAUUUGAGAGAUCGAGGGGGCUUGUGCGAUAUUUCGGGUGCCGAUGUGCUGGUGGGACGUCUAGAGCGCGUGUUUCUGGUCUAUUGUCCGAGGUAGCUUGGCAGUCGAUCGCGCAAUGGCGGCGGGACACAACGAGACGGAGCUCGUCCGCACGCUCAAGCAGAUCAUCGAGCUGCGGGGCUUGAAGCAGCAGAGGCGAUCGUCGGCUGCCACGGACACCGUGACGCUGUUUGGAAAGAAGCUCUCGGUCGGUGGCGGCGGCGGUUCUUCCUUGGAGGAAUCCUCCACCGACAAGAUACAACUCUCCGAGAAGCUUCCGCCCAGUGCCAUCGUGCAUCUCAAGGAGCUUUAUGAGCAGCGUCUCAAGCGAAAAGCCGCGCCGUGUCACAGCGCGCGCUCCGCCGAGAAUGGGGACGCGUUGACGCUGCCUUUGUUGGGCUCGAUCCAGGACGUCGGUAUCAAGCGACAGCGGAUUGGUGUCCAGGCAGCAGCAGCGACCGAGGACGUGAGGCCCAUCUUUUACGAAAUCCAGAGCGAUCUCGCCGCGGAAAAAGAGAGAGCCGAGGUGGCAAAAGGGGCUCCUCUCACACUCUUUUACAAUGGGAUGGUCUAUGUCUUUGACGACGUCACGGACGAUAUGGCCCAGGCGAUUAUGAUCUUGGCAGGAAAUGCGACGUGCUCGUCGGCCUCCCACACCGAAAAGUUCCUCGCGAGCGCCGCAAAGGACGCCAAGCCCGCUGCCGCCAUGCCUUCCUUUACUCUGGCGGAUCUCCCACAGGCGAGGAAGGCUUCUCUUCACAGAUUCCUCGAGAAGCGAAAGGACAGACUCUUUGCGAAGUCUGACAAGGAGAGCGUCUCGUCUUCCAAGCCCAAGACUCCGCCCCGUUCGCCACCGAGGAAGCAGCACCACCUUCUUCGGGAGAUGAUCCAACCGCCGUCUUUUCUCCAAAUCUACUAAAAAAUCGAGGCCAAGCUCUCGAUCGAUCGAUCGACUAUCAGACAAUUUUGAUUCGUGCUUUUUCUUUUCUCUUUUCUUCUUCUGUUUGACACUUGUGAUUGUGAAUAUGACCAAAACACACACUUAGCAUACGCAAUUCUUUCAUGGAAUAAAGAAAAGAUGGUCGAAGCUAA